AUGGCUCGAUUCAUUCCAAAUGUCUUCAACUUCUGGGUUGUAGUGUUUGUUGCAAUUGGCUCCAUUGCCUGCUCCUAUGGCCUCGCAAUUAUGGGAGCCAUCAUAGGGCAGCCAUCGUUCUAUGUAUCACUAAACCUGGCACCACCGGGCACACCUGGCUAUGGAACCACAAGUGCCUUGAUCGGAGCCUUUAAUGGCCUCGGUUCUGCAGGCGCCGUUUUUGGAGCAAUCUUCAGUGCCUGGUCUGCAGAUCGCUUUUCUCGUAAACACAGCAUGCAGCUCGGAUCCGCGAUCAUGAGCAUCGGAGCUGGACUCUGCGCUGGAUCAAUCAAUACUACAAUGUUCUUGAUUGCGCGUUUCAUUGCAGGAUUUGGCCUCGGGAUGCUGUUCAGCAUCAUCCCCAUGUACCAGAGCGAGAUUAGCACGCCAGAGACCCGCGGGUUCAUGGUGUCGAUACAUGGUGUAAUGAUUGGCGUGGGCUAUUCGCUGAGCUCUUGGAUCAAUUUCGGCGUGUACUUCAUCACGGCAUCCGGCUCUACAUCAAGCUUUCCUUGGCGCUUUCCCAUGGCUUUCCAGGCAGCACCCGUCGUAAUUCUUCUUGCUGGGUCAUUUAUGCUACCUUACUCUCCAAGAUGGCUCAUGCGAAAGGGGAGAUUCGAAGAAGCCCAUAUCGUGUUGAAACGCUUGCAUGCAUCCAACGACGAAGCCUCCAUCGAGCGCGUUGCCAAGGAAUUUCACCAAAUUCGACGGCAAGUCGAACAAGAUCAAGAGAGCCAGGAUGGCAUCGUCUGGUACGAGCUUUUGCGGACUGCACCAAAUCGCAAGAGGACCAUCAUCGCCAUGAUUCUCAUGUGGGGGGCCCAGCUCACCGGAACCCUUGUUCUAGCCAACUAUGGCGUUCUCCUGUUCAUCAGUCUUGGCCUGAAGGGUUACAUGCCAUUGCUCCUUCUCGGAAUCUGGGUUACAGUUGGCUUCCUCGGAAACAUCAUUACGGCACUUUUUCUCGACCGCUUCGGCCGCCGCAAGUUUCUUCUCGUGGGAAUCUCUGGCAUCCUGGUCUCGCUCAUUUGUGAAUGCGCCUUGCAGGCCAGAUAUCUCGGUACAGACAACAUUGCAGGUCUGAAUGCUGCCGUCUUUUUCAUCUAUCUCUUCAUCGCAUUUUUUGGGUGCUGCAUAGAUGCGACGCAGUUCGUGUAUCUGACAGAGAUCUUCCCGAACCACAUUCGCAGCCAGGGAAGCGCCUUUGGCGUCGUCAACAGCGCUCUAGCAUCGCUGGUCAUGCUCAUGGUCGCACCGAUUGCCCUGGAGAAAAUCACCUGGAGGUUCUUCCUUGUUCUCAUUGUACCUACAGCAUGCUACCUGUUGGUCAUUUUUCUCUACUUCCCCGAGACUUCCAAGAAGUCUCUCGAAGAUAUUAACGAGGCCUUUGGCGAGAAAGUGGCUGUCCACUACACCCACGCUACCCGGGCUGAGGAAGAGGAGUACAGAAAGGCUGCCGACCAUGAGAUGGAUUCCAACAUCAAUAGUACGCCAAAAGAUGAUAGCGUCGUACAUCAUGUGGAAAGGUCUUCAGGUUAUGUUUAA